AUGCGUGGUUUGAGCAUGCAUUCCAAGGAUGGAGACUACAGCAGCGUGUCAUCUAGCGAGACAGUCCAACUGAACUGUAUGAAUGUGAAUAAGGCGCUACUGUUGGCCAUGAGAUGUGAACGUCUGGCCGCAUGUCAGAGCUGUGAUGUCAGAACGUCAAAGAUGAGUGUCAGAGAUUUGGCAUUACGUCCUUGCAAACUCUCCGCCAAGUGGGCUAUGCCCUCUACUUCAUCGUCGAUGGAAGGGCCCUAUGUUGAUAGGACGAAGUUCAUUCAUUGUGUGAGAACAGCUGAAACAAAACUCUUGAAAAGCUUUCCUGAUAUACCGGCCGACGAAGGAUCGCUUCUUCGGCUAUACGAGGGCAGUCGAGAAGUUCUUGACCUGAUGUACGACACGAUUCUAAAGAACGACUUUUGUGGAUGCACUGAACAGGAAAUUCAGGUUAUUAUUGGUCAGGAAAACGAGAGAAAACGCGCGUUAGAGUUUCUCCUUAACUCAGGGUUAGUUGCAAUUGUCGGUAUUCACUCUGCCCGAUACGUGGGUAUGAGGUUCAUUGACAAAUGGGCGGUUAAAUCGUUCAGGUUCAAGGACGUUCUGAGCACGACUACUUUAGAGGCAUGUGAUCCAGUCACACAGUCAGACAACGAUACCCUUGUUUCAGACAAAGACGACAAAAUUUGCGAGAUGGUGCGAUUCUUGCCUCGACCUUGGGUCAGACCAGACGGCAGUCUCAAUCGCUCGAUGUUGAGGUGGUGCGCUGAAGGCAUAUUUUUUCGGAUUCUGGAAGCUCCUGGUGCGUUGGAAACGUAUAUCACGGAGGAGUUUUCGACGAUUCUCAAUAACUGGGUGAUAUCCACCAAUUUUCCGAUGAACGCUCCAUCGGAAGAAAGUCAGCUGAGCACUGCUGUACGCAGUGGCGUCGAAGAUGACGACGUUUUCAGCGAAACUUUCGUGCCAGCAGCUGCAGGGACUGACCGAAUUAAAGCCAUUUUCACCAGAGAUGUACGGAAUAUUCCGUCGUUUGAAAUGUCCAUGCUGAAGAACAUCGGAUUCGGUUCUUUCUUCGUUGCAACACUCGUCGGAGGCACCGCCGAUAUUCCAUUCGCGGCCGAGCGUUUCAAAUCACAACACUCUUAUUCGUUGUUCGUCAGUCAACGUGACGCCGCUUCUCGCCUGAACAACUACAUGUUUUUGUCGUUUUGGAGGUAUGGUGCACGGCUCGGAUUUCGCUGUUGUUAUUUCAGCGUGGCAUACCUCCUCGUCGCUUCGCUGCUGGCUGCCUACAGAAAUAAGUUGAAAGCUUACGACUUUAUCAUUGGCGGAGCUGUGUCAGGAGCAGUUUAUCGAUGUAAUAUGGGGUUGCGAGGAAGCCUGGUGACCGGCCUCGCAGGCGCCUGUUUAUCUGCACCAUUAACUUUGCUCUUCUAUUCUGUUCUGAUCUGUUCCGGAUACAAGGACUUCGAUGGUUUCUAUAAAAACUGUCGUCAGGAAUAUUAUCGUUCAGCGGUACAGAAGAAAAAGGAAAAGUUGGAAAUCGAUUUCAUCAAGAAACAGUACAACUUGUCGAACUCUGAAGCCAUUGCCUUGUAUAAGAAGCUGCAGACGCAGAAAACGACUGAUAAGGAGAAUGCCUGA